AUGUGGAGGUUUGAUGUGAUCAUCUUUGCUCAUUGCUCGUUGGCUAUGGUGGCAUUUGGAAACAUGACCAACACUACUGCGCCGCCAACUAUAAUUACUACAAGUUCUGUACCGGUACAAGUGACAAAGGAGCUACCUCUGCUUCUCGCAAAACUCCUACCAACGCCUACCACUCCAACGGUGCAAAGAGCUGAUGACGACGACGAUGAUGAUGAAAAGAUUUCCCUACGGGGAAGGCGUCUUAAGGCUGUCACCAUAUUGGAGGAUCCGUAUGUGAUGAGGAAGGUGACCGAUGCAGGGGAGACGUACAGCGGGUUUGUCAUCGACAUCCUGAAGGAGCUUGCUGGAACACUCGGCUUCAGCUACGACUUAUAUCUCGUCCCGGACGGGACGUAUGGAGCUCCGAAAGGAAACAGCACAUGGAGCGGCCUCAUUGGCCAGGUCAUACAGAAGCAUGCAGACGUCGCAGUUGCUCCGGUCACAAUCAGCUCUACCCGAGAACAAGUCGUCGACUUCACCAACCCUUUUAUGGACCUGGGGGCGGGGCUUCUCAUCCGGAAGCCAGAACCAGAAGGAACAUCUCUGUUCGCCUUCCUGCUGCCGUUCAACAGUAGGGUGUGGUUCUCCAUUCUGGGAGCGUUGUUCGGGACAGCUAUCUUGCUUUACGUAACAAGUCGCAUCAGAUACAAGUGCAACGUUGGGGACCAGUCAUACGACAAUGAUGCCAAGUUCAACUUCAAGAACAGCCUGUGGCUGACAUAUUGGUCAAUAGUAAGAAAAGGAGGAGAGCCUGCCCCCCGCUCCCUCCCCUCCCGUAUCCUGGCCGGUGCCUGGUGGUUCUUCACCCUGAUCGUCAUCUCCACCUACACGGCCAACCUCACGGCCUUCCUCACCGUCAAACGGCUCGUCGCACCCAUCAAGUCCAUAGACGACCUGUCAGGGCAAAGUGCGAUCCCGUACAGUGUGACGUAUGGGACGUUCUUGUACAGCUUCUUCGAGAGCCAAGUUGGUACGGGUUCCGUGUACGAGCGCAUGUGGUACACCAUGAAAGCCAACAACAGAUUCCCAAUCAGCAGCAUGGCCGGGGUGGAAAUGGUGCGGAACGAAGAGUUCGUCCUGAUCGAGGAGACCCCGUUCCUGGAGUACGCCGUCAGGACUGAUAAGAACUGCGGCCUGAUGCUCCUGGGAAAACCCUUCCUCUUCAAGGGAUACGGCUUCGCUACUGGCAGAGGAAGCCCCUUGAAGAAACCGCUAUCUGUUGGCAUACUGAAACUACAAGAGAGUGGGCGGAUGAGUGAGUUACGAGAUCGCUGGUGGCCCAAAGAUGGCUGUCCUCUGGACGGACAGUCUUCUAACGUCAAAUCUGCCUCGGCGUUAGGCCUGGAUAUAUUCCUGGGCGUCUUUUACCUGCUGGCUGGAGCGGCGGUCAUGGCCAUCAUCAUCACUGCUGUACAGGUCAUCUACACCAGAUUCUGCAAGGGUGAAGACAAGUUGCAGGCCCUAAAAGAACGUCGUGCCAGCUUCAUGAAUAACAGACAACGACGAGAGUCUAUCAACCCAAACCUACAUUGACCUCUUUGAAAAGUACAUCUGUCUUUUGACCUCAAGUAUACAUCAUGGGAUGCCUUCAAAAAGAAGAUAAAAUGCAGAGUUUCAGCCGACACUCACCAGAUCACUCCAUGUGACAUACGCGAAAACAGCUGCAUUUUCGGUGAAUAGGUUUAGUGUGUAGGUCUAGGAAGAGGAAACGUGGAGUAGAAAUAUGACAUCAGUAAAGUACGUGUUUAGUGCUAACUGCGACCGACACACUACGAUAUCUAUGAGUAAAGGUAUGGAGAUUGGACAAAAGUAGUAGAAAAGGGACCUGAAAGAAGA